AUGGUCUUCCAGAGAAGCACGGCAAAGCGACGAACGGUCGCAUUCUUCGGAGCGACCAUAUCUGUCAUCACACUUGCAGCCCUCAGCUAUACUCGCAUUCACAACCAAACCCAUCUUGGCAACCUGUGUGAUCACCUGGCUGCCCGUAGCACCCCUUUAGAGGCUGAGAGCGAGAGUACCAACGAUGUUCCUUUCACAAAGGUGAUCAGCCACGCAGCGGGUUUUACAGUGUUGGAAAAUGCAUACUGGAAGAACGACACCUGGUAUUUCGUCUCUGAACAGCCUUGGUCGUUUCCGGAUCUGGCAUCCGUGGUGACACAGGGACCGUGGCAUGGUUCCACGCCAUACACGGAUGCCCGGGUGGUACGCCUGAUCACACUCGACGAGGCUACCGCCAUGGGGAUACAGGAUCAUUCCGAGCUCAAAGGUAGCACGUUGUUUUUCAAUGAUCGAAUCUACCUAGACCACUUCUAUCACGUAGUUGGGGAAAUGUUUCUCGGAGCCUGGAGGGCGUGGCAGAGCGCCACCUGGUUCACCUCGAAACCCAACCCGGAUAUCGCCAGACUCGCCUUUGCUCACGUCGACGAUGACACGUUCACGGAUCACGCGGGGAUGAAUCAUUACUAUCUGGAACGGUUCUUCCCAGCGGCCGAGCUCGAAUUUGUAGAGAGUUGGGAAGCCCGAGCGAAGACGGGGAAGUACUACCGGUUGCCCAAGGUGGUGAUCGCGGAUCGCAAAUCAGGUCACCGAGGUCCAAAGACAAGGGGCAAGCCGAUGGAUGAUGCGUUCGCGCUGCCGGUGCAUGGCGAUUGGGUGGCUCCUUUGCGGCAAGCUAUCGUUGGAGGCUACACCGGGGCGCCAAUGCCUGACAAGGGCCUUCCUGUGAUCACCUAUCUAUCCCGCCAAUCGACACAUAUGAGAAAGAUGACUCAGGCAUCGCACGAGAACUUGGAAGCGGAACUCAAGAAGCUGGAACAAGACGGUAUUGCAGAGUUCAAUACCGUCGAAUUCAGCGACAAGGAUCCCAAGGAUUAUCAAGCGGCCGUGCUCGCGCGAACGACGAUCCUGGUCGGGGUACAUGGCAACGGGUUGACACACUUGAUGUGGAUGGUCCCGAACAAGCUCUCCGCCGUUUACGAGCUGCAGCAAAAGGGCAGCCGCGUGGACGACUAUUCCAUUCUCUCGGAAGCGAUGAACAUGAAACAUUGGAUCGUCAACGUAGAUACAAUGUGUGAACGGCGAGAUUGCGGGCCUCGCGGCCUCGACCCUUCGGUUCAGAUCGGAUCGAACGAGUAUACCGUCGAUGCGGCUUAUCUCGCUCAAGCGAUCAGGACCAGAUUGGCAGCUUGA